AAGAUUCUCCACGCCAAUACAGGGGCAGUGCCGCUGUUGUGUGGAGCCAUUUGUCUUCCUAUGGACCAAAACAUCCACCUUCAAAACCGCUUUUCUGGGCAUGGUUUUCUAUCCAAUCCCUUCUUCUUCUUCUUCUUUUUUAUCAUUAUCCAAUCCAAUUAUACAGUAUAUUUACUAAAACUUCCCUGGCCACCACCUUCUCAGUUCUCCCUCCUUUCCUCCUCUCUUUUUUCUCCUAUGUGGAGUACUUUAUAAAUUAUACGUAAAUGUGCAUACUUUCUGUCUUUCAACUCUCAAGUCCCUACAGCUAACAGCUUUCUUGAUCAAGUCUCUGGUAUCCCAUUAAUUUCCAGAAACUUCUCUUUCUUCCCACCGAUCACCGAGAAAAAUCUGAAUCCCACAAACUAGAAAUCAAAAUCCCAUCAAUGGCUACACCUAAAUUGUCGCGAAUACCCAGUAUGAGAGAGAGAGUCGAAGACACCCUCUCCGCUCACCGCAACGAACUCGUCUCUCUCCUCUCCAGGUAUGUGGCUCAGGGGAAGGGGAUGCUGCAGCCCCAUCACCUGAUCGACGAGCUUGAUAAGAUAAUUGGCGUCGAUGACAGAGCCCAUCUAACCCUCAGGGAUGGUCCCUUCGGCGAAGUCCUCAAGUCCGCUCAGGAGGCCAUAGUUCUGCCUCCAUUUGUGGCUAUAGCUGUUCGUCCAAGGCCUGGUGUUUGGGAAUAUGUACGUGUCAAUGUGCAUGAACUAAGUGUGGAGCAGUUGACUGUGUCCGAAUAUCUUCAGUUCAAAGAACAACUUGUGGAUGGACACGUCAAUGACAAUUAUGUGCUUGAGCUUGAUUUGGAGCCUUUCAAUGCAUCAUUUCCUCGCCCCACUCGAUCUUCGUCGAUUGGCAAUGGUGUUCAAUUCCUGAACCGACACCUCUCUUCAGUCAUGUUCCGCAGCAAAGAUUCUUUGGAGCCUUUACUUGAUUUCCUCCGAGCACACAAGCAUAAAGGGCAAGCAAUGAUGUUGAAUGAUCGCAUAUAUAGUAUACCCAGACUUCAAUCUGCAUUGACAAAGGCGGAGGGUUAUCUUUCUAAGCUACCAGCAGAUGCACCUUAUUCUGAGUUGGAACAUGACUUGCAAGGUAUGGGUUUUGAAAGAGGUUGGGGUGACACUACACAGCGGGUUUUGGAGAUGAUGCAUCUUCUCAUGGACAUCCUCCAAGCUCCUGAUCCCUCUGCCUUAGAGACCUUUCUUGGUAGAAUACCAAUGGUGUUUAACGUCGUCAUUUUGUCUGUUCAUGGGUACUUUGGCCAAGCAAAUGUCCUAGGCUUGCCUGACACUGGUGGUCAGAUCGUCUACAUACUAGAUCAAGUGCGUGCCCUGGAGAAUGAAAUGCUUAUGAAAACAAAGCAGCAAGGACUGAAUGUCACUCCUAGGAUUCUAAUAGUGACACGGUUGAUACCUGAUGCAAAAGGAACUUCAUGCAACCGGCGGCUUGAAAGAAUUAGUGGAACUGAACAUUCACAUAUUCUGCGAGUUCCUUUUAGAACAGAAAAAGGAGUUCUUCAUAAAUGGAUCUCAAGGUUUGAUGUAUGGCCUUAUCUGGAGAAAUUUGCAGAGGAUGCGGCUAGUGAAAUUGCUGCUGAACUACAAGGUGUUCCAGAUCUAAUUAUUGGCAACUAUAGUGACGGAAAUCUUGUUGCGUCUUUGUUAGCUCAUAAGAUGGGAGUGACACAGUGCACCAUUGCUCAUGCUUUGGAGAAAACAAAAUAUCCUGACUCAGACAUAUAUUGGAAGAAUUUUGAGGAUAAAUACCACUUCUCAGCCCAAUUUACUGCUGAUCUAAUUGCCAUGAAUAAUUCUGAUUUUAUCAUCACCAGUACAUACCAAGAGAUCGCCGGAACGAAGAAUACCGUUGGUCAGUAUGAGAGCCAUACAGCUUUCACACUUCCAGGCCUGUACCGAGUUGUUCAUGGCAUUGAUGUUUUUGAUCCAAAGUUCAAUAUAGUGUCACCAGGGGCAGAUAUGUCCAUUUAUUUUCCGUACUCAGACAAGGAAAAUAGGCUUACAGCCCUACAUGGUUCAAUUGAGAAGUUGUUAUAUGAUCCUGAGCAAAAUGAAGAGCAUAUUGGAACAUUGAGUGAUCCGUCAAAGCCCAUAAUCUUUUCCAUGGCAAGGCUUGACCGUGUGAAAAACAUCACAGGGCUGGUAGAGUGCUAUGCUAAGAAUACCAAGCUAAGGGAACUGGUAAACCUUGUUUUGGUAGCAGGUUACAAUGAUGUGAAGAAAUCAAGUGACAGAGAAGAAAUUGCUGAAAUUGAAAAGAUGCAUGGGCUUAUGAAGGAAUACAACUUGCAUGGUCAGUUCCGAUGGUUGUCAUCUCAAACAAAUCGAGCACGUAAUGGCGAGCUCUAUCGCUACAUUGCUGACAAGAGAGGUGUAUUCGUGCAGCCUGCAUUUUAUGAAGCCUUUGGGCUUACAGUUGUGGAGGCCAUGGUCAGUGGCCUUCCAACAUUUGCCACUUGCCAUGGUGGUCCUGCGGAGAUUAUUGAAGAUGGAGUAUCAGGGUUCCAUAUUGACCCCUACCACCCCGAUGACGUUGCAUCACUUUUAGUAGAUUUUUUCCAACGGUGCAAGGAAGAUCCCACCUACUGGGAGGAAAUCUCUAAAGCCGGACUACAAAGGAUCCUAGAUAGGUACACAUGGAAGAUUUACUCUGAAAGGUUAAUGACAUUAGCUGGAGUGUAUGGUUUCUGGAAGUAUGUUUCAAAACUCGAGAGGCGUGAAACCCGGCGAUACCUUGAGAUGUUCUACAUUCUCAAGUACCGUGCUUUGGUAAAGUCCGUCCCUCUUGCAAUCGACGAGGAACAUUAGGCCAGCAGUGCUUAAACUGGUGACUUUCAAUGGUAACAAUCGAAGUUGAAUAAAGUUUUAAGUUGUUGUACAUGGUUGUUGAAUAUCAUGUAGUCUUCUAUCUAGUGGAUGACAAAUGAGAUGAGUUCUUUCUUACUUAAGGAAUCUUGUACUACCAUCUCCUACUUUUGGGUGCUUUGAAAUGUAUUAAUGUACUUCCCUAUGAGAGCUUUGAUUUUAUGAGA